GAGCGGAGAUCUCUAUAAAGCUAAUCCUAUCCUAGUCUAUAUGUCACUAAACAAGGAUCGCCCUGCCAGUUGAUGCUCUGCUCUUUAUUGUUGGAUGACAGAAGACUUAAGAACUACAUUGGGGUUUUAUCCUUGAAAAUCUGAGAGUCUCCUCCAGAAUUCCUGAUGGAGAGAUCCAAAUCUAACGGAGGGGAGCAUGUUAACAAUGCUUACGACUCCACUCUGGAUGAACCUCCUCACUACGAGGAGACCAGCCGGGCGGUCCGGCCCUCGGUGGUCAGCGCCUUCGGUCAUGACACGUUGGACCGAGUGCCCAACAUCGACUUCUAUCGCAACGCAGGCAGUGUGAGUGGACACCGGGCUGUGCGACCGUCCCUGCAGGAGCUCCACGAAGUGUUUCAGAAGAAUGGAGAGAUCUCUGUGCCAGACACUGUGGAGGAUGAUGGCGAGGGGAGUAGCGGGACGCCCUGUGACCCCGAUCUGGAGUCUGCCGUUCCCAAAGAAGGAGGCGUAAAGUUUGGCUGGAUAAGGGGCGUCCUGGUGAGAUGCAUGCUGAACAUCUGGGGUGUCAUGUUGUUCAUCCGUCUGUCCUGGAUCUUUGGCAACUCAGGCUGGGGUCUGGGAAUCGUGGUUAUUAUUCUCAGCUGUGUGGUCACCACCAUCACUGGUCUCUCCAUGUCUGCAAUCUGCACUAACGGUGUGGUCAGAGGAGGAGGAGCCUACUACCUGAUAUCUCGAAGUUUGGGACCAGAGUUUGGCGGGUCGAUCGGUCUGAUUUUUGCCUUCGCCAACGCGGUGGCUGUAGCCAUGUACGUGGUGGGAUUCGCUGAGACUGUGGUCGACCUGCUCAAGGAUAACGCUGCCAUCAUGGUGGAUGAAGUCAAUGACAUCAGAAUCAUUGGCUGUAUCACAGUGGUGCUGCUGUUGGCCAUAUCAGUUGCAGGAAUGGAAUGGGAAGCCAAGGCACAGAUCAUUCUGCUCGUUAUCCUGCUGGUGGCCAUAGUGAACGUGAUUGUGGGAACGUUCAUUCCUGUGACAGACUCCAAGAAAUCCAGAGGCAUCUUCAAUUAUAACUCGAAAAUAUUCUUAGAGAAUUUUACUCCAGAUUUUCGAGAAGGUGAGACCUUCUUUUCAGUGUUCGCCAUCUUCUUCCCUGCUGCGACCGGCAUCCUGGCUGGAGCCAACAUCUCUGGAGACCUGCGGGACCCCCAGGCAGCUAUCCCUAAAGGUACCCUGCUGGCCAUCCUGAUAACGGGUCUCACCUACCUGGGUAUCGCCCUGUGUGUCUCUGCCACUGUUGUCCGUGAUGCCACUGGAAACAUUAAUGACACUGUUACUCCUGGAGUACCAUGCACCGGUCCAUCAAUAGCAGCUUGUGAGCUCGGCUAUAAUUUCUCCUCCUGUGCAGAGACAAAAUGCAAAUUUGGCCUGAGUAACAACGUUCAGGUGAUGACCAUGGUGUCUGGCUUUGGUCCCCUGAUUAUUGCUGGAACCUUCUCAGCCACCCUUUCAUCAGCCCUGGCUUCCCUCGUCAGUGCACCCAAAGUUUUCCAGGCUCUGUGUCAAGACAACAUCUACAAGAUCCUGCACUUCUUUGCCAAGGGAUACGGCAAAAACAAUGAGCCAAUCCGUGGCUACGUCCUCACAUUCCUUAUAUCUGUGGCCUUCAUUCUCGUUGGUGACCUGGAUACCAUCGCUCCCAUCAUCUCAAACUUCUUCCUCGCAUCGUAUGCUCUCAUCAACUUCUCCUGCUUCCAUGCAUCCUACGCCAAGUCUCCAGGUUGGAGACCAGCGUAUAAAUACUACAACAUGUGGCUGUCCCUGAUGGGUGCAUUGCUGUGCUGUGUCGUCAUGUUUGUCAUCAACUGGUGGGCCGCUCUCCUCACAUACGGCAUUGAAAUCCUCCUCUACAUCUAUGUCACAGUCAAGAAGCCAGAUGUCAACUGGGGUUCGUCCACGCAGGCGGUGACGUUUGUGAGUGCAGUCGGUAACGCUCUGUCUCUGUCUGGUGUCGAUGAUCACGUCAAGAACUUCAGGCCUCAGAUCUUAGCACUGACAGGUGGAGCCCGGAACAGACCGGCUCUCCUCGACCUGGCUCACUCCUUCUGUAAGAACUAUGGACUGUGUCUCACCUGUGAAGUCUUUGUGGGCCCGAGAUCAGAGGCCUUGGAAGAGAUGAACUCCGGCAUGGAGAGGAACCAGCUGUGGCUGAGGAAGAACAAACGCAAGGCAUUUUACGCUGCUGUGGCCUGUGAGGAGUUCAGGCAAGGUGCAGAGUGCCUGCUGCAGGCUUCUGGUCUCGGCCGUAUGAAGCCGAACACAUUAAUGAUCGGCUUCAAGAGAAACUGGAGGACUGCAGGCACAGAGGGAGUGCAGACUUAUGUGGGAAUACUGCACGAUGCGUUUGACUUUGAGUACGGGACACUGAUUCUGAGGAUGGACCAUGGACUCGAUGUGUCGCACCUUGUCGAGGCAGAAGUGGAGAUGCUGAAAGCAGCAAGGGAGCAACAGGCGCUGGAGAGUGAGAUGAUGCCAAACGGAGGGAAGAAAGGAAUGUUCAGGAAGUCCAGGAAAUCCUCGACGCAUGUGCUCGCCACCAGAGUAUCAGUCUGCGCCCCGCCGACCCCGCAAGUUGCCAAGAUGAAUGAGAAGCUGUUGGAGGCCAGUGCUCAAUUCAAGAAGAAACAGCCUAAAGGCACCAUUGAUGUGUGGUGGCUGUUUGACGAUGGAGGUCUUACCCUGCUGCUCCCCUACAUCCUCACCACCAGGAAGAAGUGGAAAGACAGUAAAUUAAGAAUCUUCAUCGCAGGACAGCCUGGACGCAGUGAUCUGGAUAAACAGGAGAUGAAGUCUCUGCUGCAGAAAUUCAGGAUUAACUGCACAGACAUUAAUGUCAUUGACGACAUCCAUAUCCCGCCCCGUGCCGACAGCUUGAGGAAGUUGGACGACAUGAUUGAGCCUUUCCGUCUGCAUGAGGAGUCUAAAGACUCUGCUCCCUGGAAAAUCACUGAUGAAGAGCUGAGCACCUUCGAGGAGAAGACCAACCUCCAGGUACGACUGAAUGAGCUGCUUCAGGAGAAAUCCAAAUCUGCUAAUCUGAUCGUUGUGAGUAUGCCCAUUGCUCGUAAGGGCGUCUCUGACUUCCUCUACAUGGCCUGGCUGGACAUUCUGACAAAGGACCUUCCACCCACUCUGCUCAUUAGAGGCAACCACAAGAGUGUGCUUACGUUCUACUCCUGAGCAGCUCGCAAGUCAAACAUUUGAGCACAGGUAGCUAAAAAGGAAAGAAAAGCUGGACCGUGUUCAUAAAAGCGUACCAGAACCUUGGAUGAUGUUAUUGAGUCCUGCAGACGACCACCACAAUGUAAAGCAAGCGUUUUUAGUUCUGUCUAAAUGAGGACGUUCAUACUCGAAGUGACAAGAAAUUAUAAGACAACAAACAGAAAAAAAACCAGAAGUGGUCAACUGGCAAAGUUGACAAAAGUAUAAAAGAAAAUUCAUUUUUAGUUAAACCCUGUUUCUAUCACAUUGUCUGGUUUGUGCUGUUUCUUGAUAGCUUGUGGCGCGUUGUGAUCUGGCCAACAGUCAUAUUUUGUUUUGUUGUUUAAGUCGCUGCCAGCUCGCAAGCAAAGAAACAUCACAUUGCACGACACUGUGUGGCUGCCAGUGUGAACAUUUAAGUACUGUGAUACACUCUGUGAACGCACUGUGAAUACGUCUACUCAAACUAAAGGGAAUGCAUUUCUGGUCUAAAUGUGAAGUUGGGAGCAAAGCAAAGGUUAAGCUCUUUGCAACGAUGGACAAGCAAGGAGAAGGUUUUUAUACUCGUGUUAUUUUAGCAUAGAAUUAAAACAAAAUCAAAUCAGUUGGAGUUCGAACAAAGUCAAAUCACACGUCUUCCUAACUCAGUCAGAUCAGUCAGAGCCCCGUUAGAGAUACGAGGCUGCCUUCGGCGGUUACACUGAGUGACUGCGUUGGCUGCUGCUGUAAAAUAAAUGUAUAUAGUAGAUGUCUGAAUUCACUGGCUGAUAUUUUCUGAGCGAACGAACCCUUUCUUAAAUGAUUAACAGCAUAUGUAUUUUAAUGCACAAUGGUUUGAUUCUUUUUAAAAAACAUUCUUUGAGUGUAAAAUACACUUUUAAGCUGUUUACCUGUUCCACAUUCCACUCUUUAAAUAUUUUUACUAUCACAGAACACUUUGUGUCAAGAAUAAUUAAGAAAAAUAAAAGACUGUAAAGUCAGUUCUUCUGUAUAUGUUAGCCUAUAUUCUGUCUUUCUAUUUAAAUACAUAAUUGUGAUUACCUGAAAUAAAUAUGAAAUUCCAUUUUGAGCA